GUCCUCCUCUGGGCAUUUGUCCUUCCGACGCUUGCGUUAGACCAUCGUCGUCCCAAGCCGUUUCCUAUCACCCCCCCCAUACGCCGCCGGUCCCGUCUCUCGAUAUGUCCUCAGUCGCGACGGAAAAGCGGCCUCUCAAGAAGCCGUCGACUCUGGCCAGAACGACCACUUCUCCUUCGACUUUGUCGACCGAGCGAACUGCAGCCACCCGAGCAACCACCUCGACCACAAGAACGUCGACUGCAGCCAAGCCCGCUUCCAGAACCUCAACCACAUCGUCGACGGCAAAGCCAGCUGCCGCCGCCACUUCCACUACCUCUUCGACCACCGCCCGAAAGACCCCGGUCCGGUCGCCCAGCACCGGGCCCUCGGCCACCUCCAAGUCGACAGCCACGGCAACCACGGCAACCACGGCAACCACGGCAACCACGGCAACCACCAAGACUGCCUCCUCCAGGCCCUCGGCAACCAGAACCGCAAAGCCAACCGUGGCCACUCGCACGGGCUCUGCCAAAGCACCUCCGGCCGAGGCCCCCGCGGCAGUCGCCGCCCCAAAGACAACCGUUGCCACCCUGUCUUUGGAGCAUGUUACCCCACCUUCAUCCUCGGCGUCCAGCCCUGCUGGCUCGCCCACCCAGACGGCCAAUCCCCAGAGCCUCUCGCCUUUGGAAAAGGCGCCGACCUCCCCCAUCUUCAAGAAGGUGUCCGAGUUCAAGACCAAGAAAGUCGACCUCGUCCCUCACGCUCUGACAUCCAUCGACGAGAACGCCGAGCCAUCCGAGACUGAGCUGGAGCUCGAGACUUUGCGACAAGAAUAUGCAGCCCUCCAAGGCCACUACGAAGCCAUCAAGCAGGAGCUUGCCGAGUCGGCUGCCCGACACGAGCAAAAGCGACUCGCAAUCGAGCGGGAACUCACUUCCAAGCUCUCAGAGGCCGAGAGCGAGGUGCAGGUCCUGCGAUCUCACUCUAGCGCCUCCAUGAACGACGCCGCCACGCUGUUGGCUGCCGAGCGUGAGAGCCAGGCCGUCAUUGCCGAGCUGGAGGCCAGCCUGCGGAACUCGCAAGAAGAGACCGUCCAGAAACACCGCGAGUUGGUCGAAGUAUUUGAGCGACUGCGCAGCUCAGAGUCGUCGAUCAUCACUCUGUCCGAGGGUCUGAAGGAGGCCCAGGAGAUCAUUGACGAGGCCAAGGCCGAGAUCCAGGCGCUGGAGAACCAAAAGAUCGAGCUUGAGGACUAUGCCUCCAAGUGGAAGGAGGCUGCCUCCGAAAAGGACAUCUUUAUCGAGUCGCUGGAGCUGCGCUACAAGGAGGAAAUCGAGGAGCUCGAAGGUGCCCUGAUCCAGGCCCAGCAAGGCGACGACGUCUCCCCGACCGUCCAAAAGCUCAUGACCAACUUCCUGCAGAAGCAGAACGUGGUCUCGGAUAGCGCCGUUUCUGCCGAGCUUUUGCAGGAAAUCAACACGGCUCGCAAGACCAUCACGGCGCUGGAGGACGAGAUCCUUAAUAUUUCGGAGCUCAAAGACGCUGAUGCCCGCAACUUCAACAACCGCAUCCAAUCUCUCGAGGCCCAGCUCGAUCUCCUCAGCAAGGAAUCCGAAGCCGAUCCCAUCGUCAAGCACCUUGAGGAGAGCCUCCGGGAGAAGGACCACGAUAUCGAGGAGCUGCGAAAAGAAGUGAAUGAGGCGCACAAGGACAAGGAGCACACCGUCUCGACCUUCAAGGUCCAAAUCUCGCGACUCGAGACCUCCCGCCAGCAGGAAGCCACUCAGCUCGAAGGCAUCAUCACCCAGCUCGAGAGCGUCCUCGAGCAAAAGACAACCGCUCUCAAGGAAAAGGCCGCAGAAGUCCAGGAACUCCAGAAGCAGCUCUCUGAGCCCCAGUCCUCCACCGACAUGACUGCUCUGACUUUCCAGCUUCAAAGCACCAUCAACGAGCACGAAAAGACCAUUGCCGAGCUCCAAGAAACGCUCCAAAAGCUCAUCAGCCACCCCCAUCCCAACGCUGACGGCGAAGAUGCCUCUGCCGAGCUGCUCAGCCUCCAGGAGGCCUAUGCCGUCGCUGUCCGCAACCUGCAGGACGCCAAGGAAAGCGAGGAAGAGUGGAAAUCCCUCGCCCAGCAACUGCAGGCCGGAGGCGCCGCCACGUCUGAUGAGGACCUUGUCUCCAAAAUCACAUCGCUCGAGCGCACCAUUGAAGAGCAGCAGGCCAAGAUUGCCCUGCUCGAGGCUUCUGCCCGCGACCUGCCGGCCAAUGACUUGUCCGAGGAUCCCUCAAAGCGGCUCCAAGCGGUCCUGGCUGAAAACCAAGAGCUCACGGCCCAGAUUGCCACCCUCAAGCACAGCAUUCAAGUGUAUGACGACCAAACGCGCUAUCUCGAGUCCCAGAUCAAGCUGACCCACAACUAUCAGCACCGAGUCGAGGAGCUGCAGUCGCAAGUCAACCACCUCACCAUCGAGAUCAAGGAGUGGAAGCAGAAGGACGCCGAGUCUGCCAUCGAGUCUGCCAAGGGCCGGCUUGUCCAGAAAGAGCUCUCCAAGUCCGAAGAGCGCAACAAGGAUCUGCAGGACAAGGUCACCGCCAUGGAGCAAAACAUCCAGCAUCUCACCGGCCGACUCAACACAAUCGAGAUCCUGGAGCUGCAACUGGCCGCCAAGGAAGAAACCAUCUCGGAGCUCGAAGGCAGCCUGAACAUCCGCAUCAUCAACGAGAGCGAUCUGCAAGAACAGCUCGCCGAAGCCCGGGCAAGCGUCAAGCAGCUGAACCGGGAGCUCGAGCGACUGCGUGGCAUCACCUCCGAGUCCGCGGAUAAUGACGACAAUGCAGAUGCCUUGAGCGACGCCGAGAGCGUCGUCCAGAUAGAGCAGGAGUCCUCGUCGAUAGCGGAUCUGGCCCGAUCGCAGUACUGCAACAUUUGUGGCCACUUUGGACACAGCAUUGUCGAGUGCGACAAGCUGAGUCCCUCCGUUGCCUAGAUGUGCCAGAGGCGGCCCAUGGCCGCGGAUCUCGUCACUUGUUUGGCGGACAAGAUCCCAUCGGAGCACCCACGACCUUCCCAUUCCCACUGACAGACCCAUCGA